AACAGAGGAAGGUACCCUCACGGUCGGUGGCGCCCUUUACCGACGAGCGGAAGCCGGGCCUCCGGUCUCCCUACCAGUGUGGUAAAGCCCCAGCGCCCUCACCAUGGACUUCCAGCAUCGCCCCGGGGGGAAGACCGGGAGUGGAGGCGUGGCCUCCUCCUCGGAGAGCAACCGAGACCGCAGGGAGCGCCUCCGGCAGCUGGCCCUGGAGACCAUCGACAUCAACAAGGACCCAUAUUUCAUGAAGAAUCAUCUGGGCUCAUACGAGUGCAAGCUGUGUCUGACUCUGCACAACAACGAGGGCAGCUACCUGGCACAUACCCAAGGGAAGAAGCAUCAGACCAACUUGGCCCGGCGAGCCGCCAAGGAGGCCAAGGAGGCCCCCGCCCAGCCAGCGCCAGAAAAGGUCAAGGUGGAGGUGAAGAAGUUUGUGAAGAUUGGCCGCCCAGGCUACAAAGUGACCAAGCAGAGGGACACGGAGAUGGGCCAGCAGAGCCUCCUCUUCCAGAUUGACUACCCUGAGAUCGCCGAGGGCAUCAUGCCCCGCCACCGCUUCAUGUCCGCCUAUGAGCAGAGGAUCGAGCCUCCUGACCGGCGCUGGCAGUACCUGCUCAUGGCCGCUGAGCCCUAUGAGACCAUUGCCUUCAAGGUGCCCAGCAGGGAGAUCGAUAAGGCCGAAGGCAAGUUCUGGACUCACUGGAAUCGGGAAACCAAGCAGUUUUUCCUGCAGUUUCACUUCAAGAUGGAGAAGCCACCAGCCCCUCCAAGCCUCCCUGCUGGGCCUCCUGGGGUGAAGAGACCCCCGCCCCCCCUGAUGAAUGGUCUCCCCCCCCGGCCGCCUCUGCCAGAGUCUUUGCCCCCACCACCACCAGGAGGCCUGCCUCUGCCACCCAUGCCGCCCAGUGGGCCUGCACCCUCAGGGCCUCCGGGCCCUCCCCAGCUGCCCCCCCCAGCUCCCGGUGUCCACCCCCCAGCCCCAGGAGUCCACCCCCCAACAUCUGGGGUCCACCCCCCAGCACCAGGAGUCCACCCCCCAGCUCCCGGGGUUCACCCCCCGGCACCGGUGGUCCACCCACCAACAUCUGGGGUUCACCCACCGACUCCGGGCGUCCACCCUCCAGCCCCAGGGGUCCACCCACCUGCUCCGGGUGUCCAUCCUCCCCCAUCUGCUGGGGUUCACCCCCAGGCUCCAGGGGUACAUCCGCCAGCUCCUGCAGUUCACCCCCAGGCCCCGGGGGUGCACCCUCCAGCUCCUGCAGUUCAUCCCCAGGCCCCUGGGGUCCACCCACCAGCUCCUGGGGUCCACCCACCAGCCCCAGGGAUCCACCCCCAGCCUCCUGGGGUCCACCCUCCACCUCCUGGGGUCCACCCAUCGGCUCCUGGGGUCCACCCCCAGCCUCCUGGAGUUCACCCCUCAAAUCCCGGGGUACAUCCCCCAACUCCCAUGCCCCCGAUGCUGAGGCCCCCACUGCCCUCCGAAGGCCCUGGGAACAUUCCUCCCCCUCCCCCAGCCAACUGAAAGGCAGCCCCUUCUCCAGGCAAGUCUGGUGGGUGUUUUCCUUCAGAGCUAAGUUUGGUGCUUUUGUACGGGGCUGUGUUGUGUCCCCA